AUGCAAUCCGAACUAGAUUUAUUAAGACAGGAAAAUGCAAAACUCUUAGCCGAGAAUGCUCAACUGAGACAAAUUAUAGAGGAAAAAGAUUCGCAUGCGAAAUUAAGAGAUGCAGAGCUUAAUACUAGAAUUGCGGAAUUAGAACGAUCUGCAAAGGAACAUGCUGAGAGUGCGAGACAAAGCCAGACAGAAAAUGCUGAGCUUAAGGGCAGAGUUGCAAAUUUAGAACAGGAAUUCAAGAAGCGGGAUUUACAAUUCUUGAUGGAAGAAUGCGAAUCUACCUUUCAAAUCGAAAACCAUAAUUCAGAUAUCACUUCACAAAAGAAUACUAACAUUUCUCAAUCACCCGCUUCAACUAUUGAAACCCACCCCGAUGAAAAAAACAGCACAAGCUCUAUAGAUCUAAAACAG